UAGAGCAUUUGGCUAGAAACGGUUCAAGUGAAUAAUUGCACGUAUAGUGGUAUUCACUGGUUUUACUGCAAGAUACUUUAUACUUGUGAUAUUUCAUUAAGUUUGUAAAGACAUACAUCACUGCAUGACGUCGUUCAGUUAGAGGGAAUUUAGAGCAAGACAGUUUAAACAGGCAUUUCAGAUUAGCAACGGACGCCUGCGGUAUGACUAUGUAAACAACUGUUACGGUUCUUAUCAGUUACUGAAAACCAAACAGCUAUCAGUUUAAAGCACACAUUUCUCUCUCUCUCUCGUCAAUCAGGGAAACAUUUGCCCUUAGUGAAUAAUUGCUGUUGGUAACGACAGAUGUCCUUGGCAUGUAGGCCUACCAAGGCCCAUUUAAUUAUUAUUAUUAAGCGCAAACAGUUUUCGAUUACAGUCUCCCCUUUUAUUAGUCGAUGUUUUCAGCCACCAGAAAAACAGUUCGAUGUAAAAAUCUAUAAAUUAUGAUGAACACACUGAUGUGGACAUGUUUGAAAUUAUGUUGUCACACAAACAAUGUUUUUUUUCUCUCUCUCUUCCUCGUGUAUACGAUUCCCCCCAUUCAAAGGUUUACCUUCUGGUAAUGCUAGUCGAACCUUGUACGACGCCAAGGUAUGAUUCAGUGAAUCAAUACUAGAUUUUUAUCCAGUUAGAAUCUAUAUUACUACACCUAUACGAUCAACUAGAUUCUCAAAUGAGCAUUUGCAAAUGCAAGUAAAGAUUGUUUACCGUUUCUUGUUGAGCACGUUCUUUUUUUUCUUUUUAUCAUCACUGAAAUGCAGGGACGUGCAGAGAACUUUUUCAGGGCAGGUGCUCAAGUGAAAAAAAGGGCAAAAAUAUAGAAAUGAAUGAGGCUAAAUAUAUACCGGCUCAAUAUUCUUUCAAAUUUAUUUAAACUAGCCAUUAAUAAUUCAAGAAAGAGAUAAACAUGACUGAUAUCAUAGGUACCAGUGGGCUAUUGUUUUAAAUGAACAUAAAAUCUACAGUACUGACUACCAGUAGAACUAGGAAAUUUACCAAAAGAAAAAUUAUAUAUAUUACUUUUACAUAAAUGACUGCAAGAAAAUCAAUCAGUAUGAUCAAUACACUUGGCUAAUAACCAGACCUUAUCAUUUUAUAUUUAUAAGAGAACCCUUCUGUGUGCCAUUUCUUUGAAUAUGCUGAUAACUUCACUGUUGUUGAUUGUGAUAUCCUGUUCAACUGCUAGCAACAAAAGAUCAGAUAACCUCUCCUCACUGGACAGGCUGCGUAGCUUUGUCUUCACCAGCUUGAGUAGGUUAAUGGCCACCUACAAUGAAUCAUACCGGUACCUGUACCGUUCGGCGUUCCAGUCCAUAUUACUGUGGCCCCGUUCCUUUUUUUCCUCUCCAAAUCUAUUAAUUUACUCGACUCACUUGGUCCACUGUCUCUCUCCCUCUUUUUGUUAUUACACUUAUUAUAGCUAUAAAAGGAGUCAAAGCCUUAAUGCAGAGGCAAUACCAGUUAAAAUAACUAGGAAAGCUUACCUGGCCUGUUGUGUGUCUAGCUCAGCUUGCAUUGGCCCCAGUGUUACCAGACAGUGAGACAUAUAGUCAGCUGAUCUUGGGUGACCCAGUGUUGCCAAGAUAUAAUACCCAUUUCUACAAGCUCCUGUUUAUAAUAAUAAUAAUAAUUAUUAUUAUUAUCAUUGACACAGAUAGGCGGCGGGCCUAUAAUACAUCCCUCUCAAAAGGGCACUUUUAAUACAGUAGCAAAAGGGGCAGGUGCUUGGGCACCCCACUCUGUACGUCCCUGCUGAAAUGAGCUUUGUUAUGUUUUUGUCAGUGAUUGCAGUCUGUGGUCGAUGUACGCCUCACAGAUUAGGUAUUUGCUAAUCAGUUAGUUUCUGGUUUUACCGAGGGAAAUUCUGCCCAAGUGCUCCUCACUGCCGAAAAGUUAAGGACUAAUGGACGACUCCGACGGUUCCUCAGACGACCUCGAAUACUGCGAGGUCUGCAACGAAGCCUACACCGACGACGUCCGACCCCGCUGCCUUGUGUGCGACCUGACCUUCUGCACGGACUGCCUCAACAACUCCGUCAGGGACCAGGCCCUCGUCUGCCCUUACUGCGAACAGCAGCGCCGCGCCUUGCGCCAGAAAGGGCUCGAUUUUGAUGACGUCACGGUCGUCGAGGGGGAGACGCUGUUACCUUCUUCUUCAACUCAUAACAGCAGGACUCCGAGGAAGAAGAAGCUCGUGCUGUACAGCAGCGACGGAGAGCGAGGCGGAGGCCAUCUGGUGGUGAGUGUACACGUCGAAAAAUUCGACUGGCUCAAUUACGAAACGCUCAUACUGUACAAGGAAGCGUCGAGGGAGGUAUUGUCGAAGAGGAUCAACGAGAUAGUCGACGAAAUUGAAGACGUGGUCCAGCGGAGGCAGUUCGAGCUGGAUAUUCUGAUCGAAGCGAACAUAAGCGAACUGAAGAGGAGUUCGCGCCAAGGCGUCGGUUCAGGUAGCAAUAAGAAGUCAGCUCGGACAAGAUUCCCGCGUCAAUCUCCCAUCGGGAAAAACAUUAACGCGAGUAAGAUAACCUUACUCCGGUCGAUGAUGAGGGGGUUCGAAUUGUCGCUGGAGGAGAAUCCCACUUACGCUGUGACGCAGAGAAAUGGUCGAACCUUCUCGGCCAGGAUUUCGGUGAAAGAUUACGAAGAAUCUUCGAGGCUCACUUACGUACAUCUGCAUCACUUGAAGGAUGAAGUCCCGAGCGAUUCCUCGAGAACUGUCAAGCACGAUAAUUUGCUCAAAUCACUGCAGAGACCGCCCGUGACAGCCUUCCUCGACUUGUCGUGGGACGAACGCCCCCAUGGAAGGGUUUACAUCGAGGUCGCCUCUGACACCGCCCUCGGCAAGCACUUCAAGCUCCUCUGCACUGGAGAACUCGGCCCCUCCUACGCCUCCUCGAGGUUCCUCCAAGUCAUGGACAAAGGAGACCCCGUGUACGAAAGCGUCAUAGGAGGAGAUUACGAAUUCAACGACGGUAGGGGAGGGAGACCACUCUUGGGCGGGAUUGAUAUGCAAGACAAGAUCUACGCCCACGAGGGCGUGAGCGGCAUUGUCUGGGCGGCUUUCCAAGUCAACGACGGGCCCAAGAGCGCCCAGUUUGGUAUCACUACCGGGAGGGCGUUUGAUUCAGAGCGGUGUCGAUUCUUGGGUGAGGGUGUUAAGCGGUACAGAGCAGUUUUUGGAAAAGUGAAGUCGGGGUUGCACGUUGUCAGGGAAGCUGCGAAAUUGUUCGAUAUAGGGUCAGUUACUGUCUCAGACUGCGGUGUCGUGCUGCCUAUAGACUGCUGGGACCUUCACAAAAUGAUUCUGAAGAAAAUGUAGCGUGAAAACUUUUUAGUCUAGAGCAACAAAACCGCUCGAGGCGUCGUGUUGUCAUAUCAGUUGGGACCUUCACGGAAUGAUUUUGAAAACAAUUGUAUAGCGUGAAGUCUCUGUGACAUCAUUUUGGUUGGAACCUUCACAAAUUGAUUCAGGAAACAUUGAAGCGUGAUGUCUUUAGUCUAGAGCAAAGCGGAUAUUGUCUCUUUGUGUCAAUCAUUGCAGUGGAGACUUUUACGGAAUGAUUCUAGAAAAAAAAAGUAGCGUGAAGUCUGCAUAUAGACAAAUGCUCUCGUUGUUAUCAUUGCAAUGGGGACAUUUACGAAAUAAUUCUGAAGAAGAAAAGAAAAUAUCGCGUGAAGUCUUAUAGUCUAGACGAGCAGUGGUUCCCAAACUGGGGUCCGUGGAUUCCUGGGGUCCAGUAGAGGGCCCUAGGGUGUCCGCGACACAAUGAAAAAACUAGUAUAUUUUCAACUCCAGAAAAAAUAUAUACAAAAACAAAUAUACA